GCACAGUUUUAUUUUUAGCUAAUAAUUUGGUGCGACAGUGAAAAAAAAGUGCAGAACAUAAUGUUUCUUUCGUAUUUCGUAGCAAAGAGUGCAAUAAGUUUGCAACUUAACUGCAUAACAUAUAUUUUUAAUUCAGUUUAACGUGCGUAAAUUCAUACUAAAAUGUUAUAGUAUGCAUUAGCCUUUAGUCAGAUUCUAAUAUUAUUAUGACGUAAGAAGUAUCUAAGUCACUGUACACAGUCUAAGUAAAACAUUAAGACAACGUCAAGCUUACAUAUUAACUUGUUGGUAAUGUCAAACGUCAAAAAAAUAUUAAAACGGAACGUAGUUUUGUUCAUCGGGUUUGUAAUUUUUAAUAAUCAUUCAGUCAAUUUCCAUGACUUGUGUAAAUUCAAUGUUGAUCGUAAUGUAUUGAUGACGAAACAAUAGUGAUUAUCCGACGACAAUAUAUUAUAUAGCAGCGCACAUGCCUACCAUCAGAACUAGAAAAUAUUAGUUACGAACACCUUGUUAAAUUUCAUAAUCAUAAUUUGCUGGAAUUGAUCAAAAUGUUUCAAGACGACGAGGGUGAAUUAAUGUUAACAAGCCCAGAAAGAGUCCUGGCUCUGGGUUUUAAACCACAAAAGGAAAUCCUCACAAAUUAUCUGCUUCCUUAUGUUGAUGAGCUGGAUGAGGAGUCACAGAAAUUUUUGGAACAAGUGAAGACCAACUUGGCAAAAGCAAUAAUGCUCCGCGAGAUGAAGCCUGCGUGCGGAGUCUGGUCGUCUAGACUCAUGAAGUAUAUAAGGAUUUAUGGUUUGAAGUUUAGCAAAGAAGACCAUAUUGCAUUUAUAAAGCUUGCCUAUGAGUUAAUGUUGAUACCCGAACUUGAACCUUACAAAGUCCACAAGUUUGCAACAAUGUUCGUUAUGCUAACAAAGAAAAGACAUUUAAUUUCACCCGAAGAGUUGACCCUACCCUGGCGACCGCUUUUCGAUUUGGGAAAAAUAUUCGACAAAACCUUUGGGUUGUUUCAUAACCUUACGGACACACCGAAGCUCUCUGAGAGCCAAGACUCCCGCAUUCUCGACCUGGUACGCAAAUUCUUGUCGGGCCGAGGGCUCGACGAUGCCCUUCAAUUGUUCGGCUUUGACAUGGCGCAGGACGAAAACGAACUGCCCAAGUCUCUAGAGGGAUCAUAUAUGUCGAUGAUUGCAUGCGCAAGACCUUACUUCGAGCCUGGAGCAACAAAAGAAAUAUUGGAAGAGUUCUUGCCCCAGAUUCGCCUGUGGUCAUCUGGCUCUCUGUUAAGCCAACUCGUAAUGUUCCUGCCAGUGUCGCUUCCACCACACCGCGCCGCUGAAGGACAUCUGCUUUGGUUCGACCAGCUUAUGACGCUGUGGGACACUUGCUACAAUUCCCAAUGCGACAUCGCGGAACUAAUGACACUGUUCGCUGGACUUGCGAAGAUGAAUCCUGGUGCAGUAGACUGGACACCCUACGUAUCGUCCAUGUUCACGCGGUUCCUUCACGCGCUCAACUUACCUGUUAGCUACAAAGACAUGCACUUCACGAGAAAUCAUUCCCUUGAAAUGAAACAAGUAGCGAGAUGGAUAGUGUGGACCAUAAAACCUGACGGCGUGGUACUAAAGCACUUGCGCAGUUUCCUCGCGGGCGUUGAGAGCUACUUGCACAGCGCUAACUCCGGACGCUGGUCCUACAAACUGAGAGACCUAUUGCGUAAACUAGCUAGAGAGUUCCUCAACAGAGUCCGCCGUGAGCGAGAAAAAAGAUUCGCAGGAUCUUGGGAGAACCAAACACCAGAAGAAUGUAAACUCAGAGAUGAGGACAUAACAGAAUUCGUGACAAUAUUACUUGGGCCGACAGUCCAAGCGGUUUACAGUCGUAGCGGUUCUCUCGACAUUUUUAUGGCACUGCAGAAUUUAGCUACCCUCCGACCAAACAUCGUGGUACCUCCACUAUUAGAAAAACUUCGAACGUCCCUCACAUCUCUGACGGAACCUCACCGAGUGACUGCAGCCAUGUCUGCCGUCGCCUCCGUCGCCAGGCCGAUGCUCCGUGGCCGCGACGGUGAUUAUCCUGAAGGUCAAACCCAUGUCGUACCCUUUUUAAUGGCCGUUUUACCUGGUUUAGAUCCCAACGACAUCAAAAAGACAUUAGUCACCUUACAUUUCAUACUCAUCUUCAGCUGGAUGGUUCCACUCAUUGACUGCAGCUCAGCACCUGAGCAUUGGUCUGAUCUCACCGAAGAAGAGUUACUCACAUGCGAGUCUACUGCUCAAUUUGAAGACUUCGUUCUCGUCUUUUUAGAUAGGUUGUUUAUUAUAAUUGAAUUUAGUGUUCUUGAACAUGUGCGUCACGAUACAAAAGAAAAUGAAUUCGGCCGUAGUAAAACGGAUGCAGUAGUUGAAACGUCACUGUCGUCCGCAGCAACCGCUGUUCUGAUGCAGUGUUCACCAAAAAUAUUCAAAGAGGCACUCCGGAAGUUCAAAGCCUUCGCCACUGAAACCACAUUUGAAAUUACAGUCUCAGGAAGUAUGGUCGGUGUCUUACUGCGUGUAUUCGCUCGUGUGAACUCCGAAGCUACGCUAGCAGCCUUCAUACCUGAACUGUGUCGAGAACUAAAUAAUUUAUUGGCGACUGAUGAGGCUAUACAUGACCAAGAUCCCUCGAGAGAGGUGGUAUACAGGCUUGUACUACUUAUGCAUGUAGUGGAAUGCGAUGGAGUCGUCCUCUUGAAGUACAUAGACGAUAUUUUGCCCGUUUUAGACCGGGCACUUAAACUGCACAACCAGGUCGCACUCGCGCGAGCAUGCGACGUUCUCGGUCACAUGCUAUCUUCAUUGAGCAACACAUAUUUAUACGAAUGGAGGAGUUCUCCUAAAGAUUACUCAGAAGCGCCGGAGAAAUGGUUACCUAUAAGGGAAUGGGGCCACGGCUGUUUGAUGAAAGAAGCCAAUUUUAAAUGGCACAUACCAAAUGCAGAAGAAGCUGCGUGUGCGCAGAGACUGCUCGAUAGGUACCUGAAGCCGGAACUAGCUCGCCUGCGGCAGUGGCUUGAUGGAGAGCGGCCUAUUUGCCGUGAACGCAGGCUCAGAAGUUUCCAUAUAAUUAAUGCUUCACUUUCUUGUACAAUGUUCAUGCCGUCGCCAGACGAGAAACCAAUUGCCCUCAUGGAGUCCCUAGUACCCGCUACAAGCAUGCCGUUCACAAACGGCAUCAAACAUACUGUGACGCUCGAUGGUGACAACAUGCGCGUCGCACUUAUUGACCGGCUGCUCGAGGUGCAGACGCGCAUGCUCGCGGACAAGUCCGACGACACGCGCAGUUUUGAAAUGCUAAUACAGAUAUGGGAGCGCGUGGUGGUGCCGGCGGGGCUUCGCGCUACGUCCGGUCUAGAAUCGCGCCUGCGCUCGUUCGCGGCCUUGGAGCGAGCGACAGACGGCCGCGGCGGCAGCGGCGGUGUCGGGGCGGCCACCGCGCGGCUACGCAUGCUGCUGGCGGACGGUGCGCGGCUACAGCACGAAGCGCGCCGUGACUUGCCCUGCGAAGCAGGUCUACCACCCUCCGCACGGACCGUGCUGCACGCGCUCUUCGACCUCUCCGUCUACGUCUACACCUCGGUACGCAUACUGGCUCAAAUUCGUAUGUACUGGAUGCUCGGGUAUUUUCCGUACUCGUAUCGAUUGCUUGUGCCGCGGCUCAACAAAUUGCUCCGUGAAGAGGUGGGUGGGGUUGAUGCAGGAGAGGAGGGGCACGCUCGCCACAAGGGGGCGCUGUGUAUCCUGCUUGGACCGCGUGCUGGGCCGUUGGCAGCCAAGCACGACUGGGAGGUGGUGCGCCUACUCUGGCCCGCCAUACUCAACGCGCCGCUUAGUGAAAAGCCCAGCAUUGUUCGAUUAGAGCAGCUAUUCAUCGAAUGUCUACACCGGCACUAUCCGGCCGUGAACACCCGCCUAACGAUGUCCCAGGGCGUCAUCGACGCCGCCAAACCUCUGCUCACUGCAUCUCAACUCGCUGACCCAGUCUUUAUUGAACAAUUAACGGGCGCUACAGAACGGGAGUUAGCUCAUUCACAUAAAAUGGAGAAAUUGUAUGUGGAAUUAAUCGAUGAACUGGUGAAUGUGGCCGAUGCGCCGAAUGUUGUGUGGCGUCGCCUCGAGCUCGUUAUGCAUAUGCUGUCCUUCUGUCCAUCCAUACAAACGGAGUACCCGAGUAACGCCGUCAAGCUGAUGCUGCACUCGCUUCUACACGAUAACAUAACAGUGCGUCGCAUCGCGCAGCGCCUCGUCUACUAUACACUGAAGCAAGUCAAACGACCGAUCAAGAAGAUUCUGGUGGAUCCAUACGAGAUGGCCGGAGUUGAGAGGCCAGAGAAACCUGUGCCAGGUUACAGAAAGGAUUUAGAGUGGGUAACAUGGUCAGAAGACAGGAUUCCUAAGAAUGAAGAGGAAUGGGAUAGACCAUGGUUAAAGAAUUCUAAAAAUGGCUUCUAUGCAUGGCCCAAUAAACUUGAGGUAGCCGCGCCAUCUAGCGAACAAGUCCGCAUAUUCGACUUGCCUCUUGAAGAAAUGACAGACAACCAGCGGUUAAUAAUGGAAUUCUUUACUGACAAUACCAAUAUUGAAAAGUUGGUCUCGUUUCUCACCGUAGAAGAGAAAAAAGGCAAAGACAAAUUCAGUGGCCUGAGGUUCUCAUUGUUUAAAAUGCUGUUCUCUCACUUCGGUCCCGAGGUGACGAACAAGCUGGUAUCAGCUGCGACGGAACGCGCCGGCUCGCCGCAAGAAGCAUCACAGCGGUUCGCGGCCGAGAUAGCCGCCGCCGCACUGCGCGCCCCCAGACAUUGGGCCUUCGCCCCCGCUCAGGCCUUGUACGAGAACGUCAUCUUACUCCUCACUACGGGCCUGACAUCCGUGACGGUGGAAACUAUGGAGGACUGGGCGACGAGCGUGGUGAUGGGCAUGGAGCGGGUAGACCCGCUGCGGGCCGCGCCCGUACUGCGCGCCUUGCUGGCACUGUGUGCACCCCCCGCCCCCGCUGCCGCCGCCGACACCAACGCCGAUACCUCUACCGCCACCCCCGCAGCCCCCGCAGCCCCCGUCGACACAGACACCUCCUUCGUCAUCUGCGCUAGGCUAUACGCGCUACAGAGCGCGAUCGCGACAUUAAACUGGCGAGUGGCGCCGCUCGCAACUGAAGUGCUCAAAAGACUAGAAGCUGCGAACUUCACGCAACACCCGUAUCAAAACGUGCGCGAAAUUGUAGGCAGUAUGCUGAUGACAAUCUUCGACCUGGAGAUAGUGUUUCCGGGCGGUAGUGAGUGUAACGCGCCGCGGCUAGAGGACUUCCUCGCCGCUGUCAAACCGCGACUGGCCGCACUUUAUGAUGAAAACGGCGAUAUAGUGGUAAAGACUGCGGCGUCUAUGAUAGCUGGACAGUGCGUGUCUCGCGAGGUGAAUUUGUGCGAGCCCGCGUUGGAUACGACGCAAGAGACCGCCGUCGAGGUUACCGUCGCGCAACUCUCGCCCGAUGACGUCAUCGCAGAGGACACGCCGCAGACAAGCGAGGAGAGCUCGGAAUGCGCGUCCCGCAGCGGGGUGGCCCGCGUGGAACGACUGGACACGCAGCUGGUUUCGCGGCUGCAGUCGGCGCUGCGGCUAGCGGCUGACUGUGCCGCGCCGCCUCCACCCCCGGCGCAACCCGCCCCCCACCAUCACGCCAACGCUGUCAACCUACUUACUACCGUGCUGCGCGGGUGCAUGGGAGUGGUGGUGCGAGGGGUGUCGGGCGGCGGCGCGAGUGGUGCGCGUGCGCUGCAGGCGUUAGUGCGUGACGCAUGCGCGGUGGCGGCGCGUGGCCCGCAGCUGGACGAGCUGCCGCGUGCCGCUGCCGCCUUCCUCGCCGCGCUCGCCUUACACCUGCACCACGCGCAACCUUUCGACGACGCGCUCGUCUUGCUGCACAAGCUUGCUGAUGAUCGUUCGUGGUGGGCACGACUGUCGUGUCUAGAGUUCGCACAGCCGCUGCUAUUCUACGGACUGCCUCUAUUGUGUGACCGCACCGAUCGGGCAGUGAGCGCUGAACAGUUUGCCCUGAAACUUAUGCGCGAUCCCAGAUUAGAAGUCCGACAAUCUGCGGCAAAACUACUAACUGGAUUAAUGCACUGCCGCGCCCUACCCGACGAGCAACAAACGUUGCGAACUCUUACACGGAACUGUCGCUCAAAGCAGCUGGUAGAGAGGCACUGUGGUGUCCUCGGUCUGUGCGCUUACCUAGCGUCCAGGCCAUAUAGUCUCGGUCCCAGGUUAGGAGAAGUUUUAGCGGAGCUGGCCAAACAUACGAACGCGCCGGAUCCUAUACCAGCAACUAUACGCAAAUCACUUGCCGAAUUCAGACGCACACAUCAAGACGACUGGCCCAAACACAGGGAACAAUUAACAGAAGAAGAACUGGAUCUGCUUGCGGACCUCACUUCACCGCCCUCCUAUUGUGCCUAAACAAUGACAAGGCUCUUUAUAGACAUUUACAGUUCUUAAUCUAAGUAAAUGUAUUCAACAAAAUGGCAGAACAUAUAGUUAGCUAAGACUUCCUGACAAUCUGUAUAGACAUUUACAAUUCUUGUUCUAAGUUUUCUAAUUUCUGGUACUUUCCAAUUAUAUGUAUAUAUUUGUUAAUAUUGUUUCUCAAAUAUAUAAUUAGCUAAUUUAUAAAAAAGUAUUUCAUAUUUUUACGUUACGUUACACAAUUUAUUCAACUCUUAGUUUAAUCCUUAGAUUACAUAGUCUCAAAAACGGGUCAACUUUUUGUCAGCUAAUUGUGAAAUUAGUGUUACGCUUACAACGUAUUUGACGUGGCUAUAUUUAUUUAAUAAUUAAAAUGAGUUUUUGCGCACUAAAAAGAAAAAAUAUAAGAUAUAAAACUAAUGAAGGAAUGGCCAUCACUUUAAUGACAUUAACCGUCCAUAUUUAAAAAAUACAUGGAUCCAUGUAUUUUUUAAAUUUCACAAAUGCCGAUUUUCAACAUUUCACGUCAAAAUUUUAUUAAUUUUUAAAGAAAGAAUUAUGAAGGUCUUUUUAUCGCAUUAUUAUUCUUUAUCUGCGCAUUUUUAAUAAAUAAUUAAAUAUGUAAAUAAAGUGAAAUAUUAUAAAGGAUUAUUUAAUACUAAUAAUAUUUUAAGUUACGACCUUCAAGUAAUAAUUUCUAAUUUGGUAACAUUGCGAGGAAAACAAUUGUAUGAAAAAGUUGACCCGCUUUUUUCAAAGCAUUUGGAUGGAGAUACGAUCUAUAAUAUCUAAGUUUGAAUCAAAGCUCACAAUACUUCUAUUAUUAUUAUUUUUUUUUUUUUUGUUAAGAUGGUUGUAGGACUGGAUAGAUGUAAAUUGAAAAGUUAGAGAUAGACAUUUUGAUAAACUAUAGAUACGAGUAUAAACGAAUAUGGUUAUUUUUACGAUUAGAUGUUUAAAUUUUUAUUGGGUUUACAUAAUUGGUGAUUAUCGCACUAAAUAAUAUUUUUUUGUUACUUAUAGAUACCAAAUAUGUGAUCAGUAAUUUUAUUUGGCAAUUGUAAAAAUAAUUUUCAUUUUCUGUUUCUGUGGUGACAUUUUGAACUAAGUACAUCAAUAUUUUGAUCGUUGUAUUGUAACACAUUUUGUUGUUUAUGUACCUAUAUAAUUUUGGACUGUUUUAUUAUAAAGAUAUCCAAUAGCAUAAUUCUAAAUUGAUUGAUUGAAAUUUUCUUUUUGAUCGAAUAAAGGUUCAUAAGGGUUUGUAAAUAUUAUGUAUAAAUAUUUUUUAGGAAUUUAAAUAAAAUAAACUUAAUGAGA